GCAGGCAUCACCGUGUUCCUCUACUCCAUCACGGUGUCCCUCGGCGGAGUGCUGGCCUCGCGGCACCUGCACCAGUCCAUGCUCUACAACGUGCUCCGCUCGCCCAUGUCCUUCUUCGAGCGCACGCCCAGCGGCAACCUGGUGAACCGCUUCUCCAAGGAGACGGACACCAUCGACUCGGUCAUCCCCAACAUCAUCAAGAUGUUCCUGGGCUCCAUGUUCAACGUGCUCAGCUCUUGCGCCAUGAUCCUGAUGGCCACGCCCCUGGUGGCAGUCAUCAUCCCGCCCCUUGGGCUGCUCUAUUUUUUCGUGCAGCGUUUCUAUGUGGCUUCAUCUCGCCAGCUGAAGCGCAUGGAGUCGGUGACUCUCCCCGUGUACACCCACUUCAACGAGACCCUGCUGGGCACCAGCGUGAUCCGGGCCUUCGGCGACCAGGAGCGCUUCAUCUCCGAGAGCGACCGGCGCGUGGACUACAACCAGAAGGCGUACUACCCCAGCAUCGUGGCCAACAGGUGGCGGGCUGUGCGGCUGGAGUUCGUGGGGAACUGCAUCGUGUUGUUCGCGGCGCUGUUCGCCGUCGUAGCCCGGGAGAAGCUCAGCGCAGGCAUCAUGGGUCUUUCCAUAUCAUAUGCUCUGCAGGUUACCGCCUCCUUGAACUGGCUGGUGCGAAUGUCCUCAGAGCUGGAGACCAACAUCGUCGCUGUGGAGAGAGUCAAGGAGUAUGAGGGCACUGAGAAAGAGGCGGCCUGGCAACUGGAGCAGUCCACCCUCCCCCAUGGCUGGCCCGCCUCCGGACACAUCCAGGUUCAGGGUUUUGGCCUGCGCUACAGGGAGGACCUGGAGAUGGCACUGAAGAAUAUCUCCAUCACUGUGGAAGGUGGAGAGAAGGUUGGCAUUGUGGGACGGACUGGUGCUGGCAAGUCCUCCCUGACCCUGGGACUGUUCCGCAUCAUCGAGGCUGCCAAAGGGGAGAUCCUCAUCGACGACGUGAACAUCGCCAGGCUGGGUCUCCACGAGCUUCGCUCCCGCAUCACCAUCAUCCCUCAGGACCCUGUACUGUUCUCUGGGUCACUGCGCAUGAACCUCGACCCCUUCAACCGUUACUCGGAUGAGGAGGUUUGGAGCGCCCUGGAGCUGGCCCACCUCAAGAGCUUCGUCUCCAGCCUACCUGAUAAGCUGGGCCACGAGUGUUCAGAAGGAGGAGAGAACCUGAGUCUGGGCCAGCGUCAGCUGCUGUGUCUGGCCCGAGCUCUGCUGCGCAAAACCAAGGUGCUGGUUCUGGACGAGGCCACGGCCGCCGUGGACCUGGAGACGGACAACCUGAUCCAGUCGACCAUCCGCAGCGAGUUCGAGGACUGCACCGUGCUGACCAUAGCUCACCGGCUCAACACCAUCAUGGACUACACCAGGGUGCUGGUGUUGGAGAAGGGCCAAAUCGCAGAGUUUGACAUACCCGCUAACCUCCUCGCCCAGAAAGGAAUUUUCUACAAGAUGGCCAAGGACUCUGGCCUGGUGUGACGGCUGCUGUGACAGGAACCUGGGAAGAGCGCCCCUCUGUGGGCUGGAGGCCCUCCUUGAACGGGAGGUGCUGGUUUGACUGCAGCUGGGGGUGGGAUCUUUGUGAUUAGCCCCCCUGCUUACGGACUCCCUCUCUAUAAUCAUAAACUUCACUUCACUGACAAAGUUUUAUUUUUAUAGUUCCCACUAUAAUUAUUACUAUUAUUCUUAUAUAUAUUUUUAUUAUAGUUAUUUUCUAUUACGAUUUGUAGUUUUCAUACAGGGCAUCUCGUUGCAGUGAAGGGGGUGCUGUUCUGGCAGUGAAUCCCAUUUCCUGUGUGUGUGUGUGAGAGAGAGAGAGAUCUGAGCUUUGGAUCGACACCCGCUCAUGCCGGCUGGCGGGUCGGAAGACGGGCAACAUGGACAGAGACUCGUCACCCAGGACAGCACUAACGCUAAGACGUCCAGCCGGCCCGGGCUUUGUGCCGUUUGCUGAUUAGCACCCCCCCCUUUUGGGUUCAGAGAUCCCCCAGUGCUGACCUUCUAGUCGGUCACCAUCUGACGUUCAGCUGCUGUUUAUCUGAUUUUACCCUUUCACCCGAAGCUGCCUGGUUUGCCUUCCCGGGUGUUAAAACCCAAAGAAGCUGUUUGAGGUGGAUUGCCCGGCUCAUUCAUGCUCUCGCUGCACCUGCCACCUCACACUAUAUUACCUCAUUCUUCAGGGGCGUUGGGCGCAAUUCAUGUUGUGAAUGUAUUUUCAUUGACGUUGCCGUGGUUUUGGGGAUCUUCUGCAAGUAGCCUGUGGAAACAUCCUGACACUGGCGCCUGUAUCCUGAGCACUGCGGUCCUCCUCCAGAGCAAGAUGAAAUUCUGACUUUUAAUAGGCGGAGGAAGCAGCAAGUGGCUCAGUGAGACUGAUGUUCGGGCAGGUUGUGCUUUUCUUUUGUUUUUCCUGGUGGAACCAAACAUGCUGAUUUCAUACAAAGCUCAAAAAACUUCGGGAUCACAAUGGCUUUAAAUUUCUGCAUCUUGUUUAGGUGACGCUUUUAUAAACUUUAUCCUUAUUCAUAGAUGGUAGAUUCCAAACCAGCCUUUUUUAAAGUUAAGAUGCUGUAAACAUUUUAACGUCAGGAUCUUUCUCCCUAUAAAUGUUUUCAUUUUGACAUCCAAAGACAGGCAUCCUUCUCAGGUCCUCUGCCCUAAGUGCCAGUGAGGCUGCUUGCGUUUAGCUGGGCCCUGGGCCGUGUUGGCUCAAUAGUACAGGCCGACCUGAGUGUUAGACUGUCACCGAAGAUCAGGGUGCUGUCCGUUGUGCUGCAUUCCGCUCCCCAUGGUUUCCUCUCGGUUUAAUAAAGCUCCUGGUCAUCCCCCCCCCCCCCAGCUCAGUCACAUAUUAGCAGAAACUUGCUUACCUGCUAAGUGUGAAUUCUAUAGCGUUUCCAUGGCAACGGUCUUACUUCACACGUUUCAGAUAAUCAUGCCUUGUUCCCCCUGAGGAGCAUUCCUCAGCUCGUCACUGAUCUCAUCGGAUAUUCUGUCCUCGCAGACUGUUUCCCAUAGCGCACAGAGGUUGGUAGUUUGACUUGCGUUAAUGAGUGUCGCCUGUCUUCCGUAUGUUCGUAAAUACGUAUAACGCUCCUUGUUAAAUAUAAGGUCGUGCUAAUUGGAGCACCUCGGAGGCUUGGUCCUUACAAGCUACGCCAUUGUUACUCUUUGGAAUUGUUACAUUUGCCAGCACUUUUCCCCUAGCUAGAGUAGCAGGUGAUUGCGGUGUAUCAUUUUAAUUUAUUAAUAUAUUAUAUAUUUUUUUUUUGUUAGCGAGGGGUCUUGUUGACCUGUCAUACCUAGAGGUGAGAUGGUGGGUCCCUGUACUGCUGCUUAACGUUACCACUACAGCCACUGGGUGUUUCGCUCUCCCCUCAUGAAAGACGCGAUCAUCGGCCACUUCGCGCUGGUCCACGUCUCUUCCGGUGACGUUUCCACACGUCCCCCUGUGUGGUGUAGAUGAUAACACCACCAUCAUAGGCUUGUGUAAAAGCAUAGGACUGUUUAAAUAUUUAUAUAAUUAUGUAUGUUCCAAAAAAAAUGUAAUAGGUGGGAGAGUGUUGAUUGAAAUGCUGUUACACAUGCAAAAUAAAAGUUUUGAGUUCUUUU